CUUCUUCCGAUCCUCCCACUCACUCUCAAGCCGCCUCCCACAUAAAGGCUACGGGCCGCUUCUACAAAAGCUCAGCCAGCAUCCACGCUCCUUAUCUCAUCACUCGCCCCUCACAAUGGCAUCCAACAACGCCUCCCGUUCAGACCCAUGCGCAGACGACACGCCGUCGAUCCCCUCGCUGGACCUCUUCUCCCUCAAGGGCAAGCACGUCCUCCUCACAGGCGGUACACGCGGUAUUGGCGCAGCUUGUGCUCUCGCUCUUGCCCAAGCAGGGGCAAAUGUCUGCCUUGCCGUUAGGGCUGCCCCAGGCUCAGACGGCCAAGCCCCCACAGCUGGUAAUGACCACCAGGCUCUCUCGCCUCUCCCGACCAACUUUGCCUCCAGCCAACAACAUAGCGCAGUCCCUUGCGACCUGUCCGACUUGAGCAGCGUGCAGACUUUGUUCUCUCGAGCUUUGACCACACCUGCCAUGGGAGGCCAAAUCGAUGUCCUCAUCGCCUGUGGAGGAAUCCAGCGUCGUCACCCUGCGACGGACUUCCCCGCCUCAGACUGGCAGGAGGUGCUCGAUGUCAACCUCACAUCGGUCUUCCUCCUCGCACAAGAAGCUGGAAAGCACAUGAUUUCCCGUCGAAGUGGCAAGGUAGUCCUCUUUGGGAGCCUCCUCACCUUCCAAGGCGGGCUGACCGUCCCCGCCUAUGCGGCGAGCAAGGGAGCGAUUGGCCAAUUGGCCAAGUCACUCAGCAACGAAUGGGCGAAGCACAAUGUCCAGGUCAACGCCAUUGCUCCCGGGUAUAUUGCGACGGACAUGAAUGAGCGACUCCUCGCUGACCCGACGAGGCUGAGGCAGAUUUCGGAGCGUAUACCUGCGGGGCGAUGGGGCGAGGCAAAGGACUUUGCGGGGCCGGUGGUGUUCUUGGCCAGUGAUGCGAGCCGCUACGUGAGUGGAGAGAUUUUGGUUGUGGAUGGGGGUUGGAUGGGGAGGUGAGCUGUGGAGAGGGCUGCAGGCUGAUGGAGAGUGAGAGGGAGAAGCGACGAGCAGGUGAAGCUCGCCGCAUACACGCUUGACCUAUCGUCUCGAGCUCGCCAUCACGUGGUGGCUAAUAUACAUUGAUUUGCGUGU